AUGCAAUUCGCGUUAGAAGCGCUCGCCUUGGCCGCUGGAGCCAUCUGCUACGUGGGGUACUUUAACCGUGGCGAACAUCACUUGCAUGGCAUGACCUACAUCCAAAUACACGCAGUCGCCUUUGCAGCCUUGGCGGCUUUGCAGUAUCGACUUGGCUUUGCCUUGGAAGAGGCUCUGAAACGAUCAUGCCUGUACGAUGGUCUCUUUCUAUUGGGCUUGUAUGCGAGUCUUUUCUUUUACCGUGCUUUCCGACACCCGCUCAACGUCUUCCCUGGACCAUGGAUCGCACGAAUCAGCAGCUUCUACAUGACGUUCUCCAUCAGACGGAUGCAAAUGUAUAAUACUUUACACAAGCUGCACGAAAAGUAUGGUUACUUUGUGCGCAUUGGCACCCAAGAACUGUCAAUCACCCACCCCAAGGCGGUGCAGCAGAUCUUCGGAGCCGAUUCGGUGUGUCAAAAAGGCCCCUGGUACGACCUUACUCGCCCACAAGACUCGGUCCUUCUCCGCCGGACCUUUGCCGGGCAUGCCGAACUGCGUUCGGUCUGGAGUCAAGCAUUCUCUACAAAAGCUGUCAGGAGCUACGAGACAAGAAUUCAUCCUUAUCGGGCCAAACUCAUGCAUGAGCUCGAUGCUCAUGCUGGGCAGCCGGUGAAUGUGAACCAUUGGUUAGGGUUGUAUUCGUGGGAUGUUUUGAGCGAUUUGUCUUUCGGCCACCCCUUCGGCAUGCUAGACACCAAGGACAAACACUGGGCAAUGGAUAUCCUGGACAACGGAAUGAGCGUUAUUGGCAUUCAUCUGCCAAUGUGGUUUUUCCACAUUCUGCGUGCGCUCCCCGGUGGCAAUAAGGACUUGAAGGUCAUGUUGAAGUACUGCACCGAAGAAAUGCGUAGGAGAUGGGAGUACGAGCCUAAGAUCCCAGACGUUAUGAGUGCACUGUUUGCCCCGUACCGGAGGAACGAGAAAGUAUUCGAUGAGGCUGCCAUAAACCUUCUGGCUGGAGAAUCUCAUCUGCUUAUUAACGCUGGAAGCGAUACCACCAGAAUCACCAUGUCUUGCAUCCUGUGGAUUCUUGCUCAACGGCCGGAGCUUGCGGACAGGCUGCGCGAGGAGUUGAGGCCGUAUAUUCCGGAGUCUCCGGACGAGCUUGUGAUGGAUGAUCAAAUCAGGAACCUUAACUUGCUGAAUGGAGUUGUUCAGGAGGCACUGCGCAUGUGGCCACCAAGCCCCAGUCACCCGACACGGCUGUCCCCACCAGAGGGCACCAUAAUCGCUGGCCGAUUUAUCCCUGGCGGAACACAACUGAUCGCGCCCCAAUACGUCAUCGGGCGAGGAACAGACGAACUCAUAUUCCCGCGAGCGAAUGAGUUUAUCCCUGAACGGUGGUACAGUCUCCCGGAAUUGGUCAGGGACAAGAACGCAAUAGCGCCAUUCUCCCUGGGUCCCAUGAAUUGCGCCGGAAAGCAUCUUGCGUUGACCAAUAUUCGGGUCACAAUCUCGAGGCUGGUCAUGCACUACAAUCUGAAAUUUGCCCCUAGCAAAACUGACCCGGUAGCUGGUUUUGAACAAGGCAUGUAUGAGCAUUUUGCAAUGCAGGCUGGCCCAUUGUACCUUUGUUUGGAGAAGAGGAACAAAUGACCAACUGGUUGUGGCGUUUGGUUGAUCAAGUCGUGGAGUAGAAUUGGG